UACUUCCGCCCCAGGAAGACACUGAAAAAGCCGCAGCAUCAACAUCUACAGAUAAACUCAGUUCAUAAAACAUUUUAAUCAAAUCGUGUUUAUCUCCGUUUCAGCUCACUGAGGAUGUCGGGACUGAAGCGUCCGUCUGAACCCAGCGGCGGGCCUUCCUCGUUGGGGGCACCCCCCGAAAAACGAAGGGACCGGGAAGGUGGAGAAGAUGUGGUUCAGGGUGUCAGUGCCACUGCGGGGGGGAGUACCGCCGUGGAGACCGUCAUCAAGCUGGGAGGGGUGUCCAACUUGGAGGAGCAGGAUGUUAAAGCUCUCCAGGCCAAGAACAGGAAGCUGGGAGAAUCCCUCGAUCAAAGACAGGUAAUAGAGGAUGAGCUGAGAGAGAGAAUCGAGAGGCUGGAGACUCGUCAAGCCACGGAUGAUGCCAGUCUACUCAUCCUCAACAGAUACUGGAAUCAGUUUGAUGACAAUGUCAGGCUGAUUGCCAGGCAUUACGACCAAUCAGGAAGUGAGCCGAUGGAAACGCCAGCCGGGGAGGGGCGGAGCCUGAAACCUGAUACCCCUGAACCGGAUGGAGACUCGAACCAGGAGAGGACCAAAGAUAGAGGCCCCUCCGGGGAGGUGGCCACUUCCUUCCUGGCCACGCUGGCCAGCAGCAGCAGCGAGGAGAUGGAGGCGGAGCUGAAAGAGAGGGUGGAGUCCAGCCAGAAGCAGGCCAAUCGUGUGGUGGAGAUCUACGACUGCCUGCAGAGCACCGUGGAGCAGCUGCAGAGGGAGACGGACUCUGGUGCUGAGGGGUCUGUCUGGCAAGUCGCCGCCCAGCUCAACACCCUGCUGUCCAAUGAGAACGAGCGGCUGCGUCAGCUGAUCGGGGACCUCGAGCAGAGGCACAGUCACAUGACCAGUGAGUCCCGGCCCCUUGGUCGUGCGGUAGCCAAGGCGGACACGCGCGUCAGUGAGCUGCAGGCUCUGAUAGAGGAGCUGCAGUGGGACAUGGAGAAGAUCAGGCGGCGAGAAAACCGCCUCAACACACACUUGGGAGAGAUACUGGAGAGGGUCAACAGUAAAGGCUACAAGGUGUGUGGGGAGGCCAGUAGUGUGUGUGGAACCAUCACCAUCAACAAGAGAAAGUUUGAAGACAUGAACAGCGAGUUGGAGGAGAACCGGGAGCUGGCGGAGAACCGUCUGAGUGAGCUGCAGAGGCUGCAGCAGGACCUGCAGAACGUCAACCAGGAGAACAACAACAUGAAGCCCUGCCCCAGGAUGACCCUGGUGCCAGGCUGGUACUCAGUCAGCUAUAGUGAAUUGGAGCUGGAGCUGCUGAGUCGUGCUGAGGGGGUGGUGAGGGACAGCUCCGAGUACCGCUGUCUCCAGUCCCAGUUCUCCGUCCUCUACAACGAGUCCCUGGUCCUGAAGGGCCAGCUGGAUGAGACCCGCACCCGCCUCAACACCACCAGGACCGCACGCCUGCGCCAGCUGGAGCACAUGGAGAAUGACGAGGUGUCUCUCCAGAGGAAGGUCCGUACCGAGGUGUUCCAGCUGGAGGACACCUUGGCCCAGGUCCGGAAGGAGUACGAGAUGCUGAGGAUUGAGUUUGAGCAGACCCUGGCAGCCAACGAGCAAGCCGGUAAACAGCGCAGUCUCGCACUGCUCCACUCACACGCAGGUCCCAUCAACAGAGAGAUGCGUCACCUGAUCAGCACCCUGCAGACCCACAACCAGCAGAUGAAGGGGGAGGUGGUGAAAUUCAAGCUGAGACUAAGAGAGGCCCAGGCCGACCUCAGCCAGGCUCGCGCUUCCAAGGGCAGCGCCGUGCUCCAAUCCCAGUCGAGCACGGAGCUGGACGUGAAGGAGGAGACCACCUCCCCCCUGCCGGUGACCGCCGCCGGUGAUGUCACAGUGAAGGCGGAGUCCGAUAAUGGAUCGGCCACUCCCACCAGCACAGGAGCCUCUGUGAAGACCGAGCCGGGCACGGAGGCAGACGGAGUGAAGGAAGAGGAGAACGAGAAAGUCAAGAAGGAGGAGAAGGAGAAGGAGCGAGAGAAGGAGAAGGAAAGGCCGCUGCGCGGGGGAGGCGGCGCCGCGAAGGAGGAGAAGGAGAAGGCCGGGAGUAGCAACCAAUCGGAGGAGGUGGCCGGCGAGCGGCCGCCUGCGAUUGGAGGACCAAAGAGGAAGGAGGUGGAGCAGCUGAAGAUUGUCAGGACGGAGCUUAAGAAGGCCCAGGAGUCCCAGAGAGAGAUGAAGCUGCUACUGGACAUGUACCGCUCCGCGCCUAAAGAACAGAGGGACAAGGUGCAGCUCAUGGCUGCAGAGAAGAAGGCCAAAUCAGAGGCGGAGGAGCUGAAGCAGCGACUGAGGGACCUGGAGGAGAGGGAGAGGAGGGAGGGGAAGAAGAUGGCUGACGAGGAGGCCCUGAGGAAGAUCCGCUCUGUGGAGGAGCAGAUAGACAUCCUCAACAAGAAGCUCUCCCUGGCUAAGCAGGAGGAGGACGCACUGCUGAGCGAGAUGGACGUGACGGGCCAGGCGUUUGAGGACAUGCAGGAGCAGAACAUCCGCCUGAUGCAGCAGCUGCGGGAGAAGGACGACGCCAACUUCAAGCUGAUGAGCGAGAGGAUCAAGUCCAACCAGAUCCACAAGCUGCUCAAGGAGGAGAAGGAGGAGCUGGCCGACCAGCUGCUCACCCUCAAGACCCAGGUGGACGCCCAGCUGCAGGUGGUGAAGAAGCUGGAGGAGAAGGAGCGCCUCCUGCAGGGCACCAUCGGCACGGCGGAGAGGGAGCUGGCUCUGAGGACCCAGGCCCUGGACAUGAACAAACGCAAGGCCCAGGAGUCCCUGCUGCUGUCGGAGGAGGGCCGCGCCCAGCUGGAGCAGGUGCAGCAGAGACUCAGCACCGUCAGGGAGGAGGUGAUCGAGAACAGCAUCUCCAGGGAGAAGGAGUCCUUCAACUCCCGCCGCGCGCAGGAGGACAUUUCGAAGCUGAGGAGGAAGAUCGAGAAGGCCAAGAAGCCGGCGGAGAACGUCCGCAACGGAGACGAGAUCCUGAACGAGGAGAUCAACGAGUACAAGGCUCGUCUGACCUGCCCGUGUUGCAACUCGCGGGUGAAGGACGCCGUCCUGACCAAGUGCUUCCACGUCUUCUGCUUCGAGUGCGUCAAGACGCGCUACGACACCCGGCAGAGGAAGUGCCCCAAGUGCAACGCAGCCUUCGGCGCCAACGACUUCCACCGCAUCUACAUAGGAUAGCGUGUGGCGGGGGAGGACUGGGAGGAGUGGGGGGAGAUCUGUAGUGUCCAGAAGCUUCUUUCUCCAUCCGAUCUCUUUGCCCCACCCCCCAACCCCACCCGCACCUUGUGACGGACACAACCCUGACGUCUCAACGGAGAGAUCGCGAGGUGAAGAUGGUGAAUGAUCGCUAGCUGGUGGUCCACUCUGUUGCCUGAGAGGAAUUCAAGAAAGACUGAAGACUGUGGUAGCUCGCCCCUAACUUGGCUCCUCGAUACGCGUCUCUGAGCCGGUCAUCCCCUGGCCCUGUCCACAGCCUGGAGGACCGGACAGAGACUUGGAGCCUUUUCAUAGUCGACCGAGUAUUUCCACCCGGGACCGCUAGUUCGGUGUCUGCUGUUUUGGGAGGAAGUCAAGGGGCAUAAAGCAAACCUAUCAGCGCCCUGCGCUCCUUCCCUCCAACCAGAAGGAAUUUUCCCGUGACACAAAUAUACAGACUGUUUUUUUUAUGGGCUGAAUUGAGCUCCUCUUUUUUGGCCUCCUUCUCCCCCCAGUGCUCCUUCUGCUCCUGGGCUGAGUUAGAGACACCUUACACCCAUUAGAUAGAUGUCGGGGAGAGACGCGGACAUGGAGAGGGAUGAACAAAAUCAGUAGUGAGCUCUCAUCAUGCUCUGUCUGUGACCUGUGUGUCUGUGGUGAUGAGGAUGAUGACGAUGAUGAACAAUAUAUCCAAUUGUUGUUCACUUGUCUGUUGUUUUUCUUGUUUUUUUUUGUAUUAUUAAAUGCUGCCUCAUCCGGCCAUGAUGUGCUGUGCUAUGGAUACCUGCAACUGAUGCUGUGUGAACGCUGCUCUGCAAGUCAUUAAACUGCCAACAAAGUUACAUAAUGACUCUUCUAGGUUUUAUUGAGACAUUUUUUAGAAUUUUGGGUGGUGUGUUCACAAACUGGUGUUGUUACUGUAUUACAAUGCAUAUUGUAGCGGGGUAGAUGGGAUCAUGCUGGUGGGAAUUUGAGGUCUAUGUCUGAGACAUAUGGUAUACUAGUCUAGGGCAGCCCAGACUACAUUCUUUAUGACCCCGAUGACCCUGAAAUGAAUAAACCACAAGUCCCAGAAGGCAAAUCUCUUAAUGCUUCAUGCAUACCACCCUCCAUGCCCACCCCUUUUACAACCACCCUAAAAACCGGAUCACAGACCUGUUUGCCUUCAAGAAGAGAAAUGCAGGAACGCUUGGGGGGAAGGAGUGCCACACAAAGUCGCCAGUGAAAAAAAUAUUUUUUGCUAGAUCGGCCGUCGUCGCGUCGCGCUUGAUGCAAACUAGGUUGGACAAAGGACUAUAAAAACGGAUCUAAAAUUGUAUCACUAAGCUAGUAGACCCGAGCACACUUGGUCAGCAAAUCUACGUCAGCGCGGACUCCUUUUACGCACAUUACAACAAAAAAAACAACGGUGAUACUUUGCGUUGUCGCGAGUGGGGUGUUAUCUGGCUGGCUGGAAUUUUGAAAGACAAGGAAAGAUAUAAUUUACGCGACUAGUUCUAUUUUUAGUCAGUUUACUACCAAAUAUAGUCAGGGUUAGGAUUCUAACGUCCUUGUCGCGCGCUGGAUUGAUAUUUGCCACCUUGCCAAAGUUUAUGCUGAGUUGAUAUUGAAUGAUUAGGCUGAAUAAUUGAAUACCCAACUAGUCGACACUCGAUGCUGAUAUAUUAAGAGGGGAAGGUUUCAUUUCCCAUUGUCAUAGUGCUUUGCCGAGAUUUUGCUACUGUAAAUCGCUUGCUUUGUCAACAGAAGCCAUUUUUAUUUCAUUUAAUGCAUUAUUGUAUGUGUAAGUGCAUUAACGUCGUCUAGACAUAGAUCUGUGGGGGUGGUAGCCUAAUUAUUUUGUAACAUUGUACGAAUAAAAUCAUCCUAUCUUUUUUUAACCAUGGUUUUUAACGCGAAUUGUUUUAACCGUGCGGCGAACUCCUUUGUAAAUGUUUUUGUAUCUACGCUGGUUUUGGUGCUCGGUUUGUCUCAGCGAUGUUAUGGGCAGGAUCAGCCGCCGUCGUCAGUAGGUCUUCGAGAUAUGAUCUCUGGGGCUUGCGAUGAGGUUCACCGAUACAUGGAAUCCGUUGUUGGAACUACUGUGAUUAAGUCAACUGUAGAGUUUGUAGACAUGCUGAUCCGGUUCUUGGCUGAGGGGUGCUGCCAGUGGCCUGAACGUCAUCGCUGUUUACGUGACAGAGAUCCUCAGGGUUACGGGAAUUGAUGUCAACCUGCCAGUCCCUCCGUUCACCAGAGGGCGUGGCCUCUGUGGCACAGUGGGGGCUUCUGGCUCUGAUUGGCUACUGGGUGCUGUCCGUGGUGCUGCGUGUGUUGGUGGGUGUGGUCAGGCGGGUGUUCUGGUUGCUGAAGACUGUGGCGGCGCUGUGGGUGUUUGGGCUCAUCGUGAGCGACGGGAGCGCAGGGCCAGACGUCACAGCGGUCCGACUCACAGGCCUGGUCCUGGGAUACACCCUGCUGGGUCUGGCCGGGUCGGAAAAGGCAGUGACGGUGGAGGAUCGUCUCAGCAGCCUAGAGGGGCGACUGAACACCGUGGAGAAGAGGGAGGAAUGAUGGGGGAGGUGGUUCGGAGUGGUCAGAUGGACAAGCUUGGAAAGGUGGUGGUGUUUGGUGUGGCAGCCUUGUUGAUGGUCUCUUUCUGAUGUCGAUUUCUAUGCAAAAUAAAGGAACCUCUGGGAUUUUUUUUUCAA